AUGAAUGAAGAUCUGAAGGUUAAUUUGAGCUGGCUGCCUCAGGAUCAUGUAGAAGCCAGCUCUACCGAGAAUGCCUCAGCCACAGGCUCCUCCCUGGUUCCUGUCGUAGACCCAGAGCCAGAGCUUUUGGUAAACCCCUGGGACAUUGUCUUGUGUACUUCAGGGACCCUUAUCUCCUGCGAAAAUGCCGUUGUGGUUCUUAUAAUUUUCCAUAACCCCAGUCUUCGUGCCCCCAUGUUCCUCCUCAUAGGCAGCCUGGCGCUGGCAGAUCUCUUAGCAGGCAUUGGACUGAUCAUCAAUUUCGUUUUUGCAUACCUUCUGCAAUCAGAAGCUACGAAACUGGUUACGAUUGGACUGAUUGUUGCCUCUUUCUCAGCAUCUGUCGGCAGCUUGCUGGCUAUUACUGUUGACCGUUAUCUCUCACUGUAUUACGCUUUGACUUACAAUUCAGAGAGGACUGUCACUUUUACCUAUGUCAUGCUUAUAUUGCUCUGGGGAGCAUCUAUCUGUGUUGGACUGCUGCCUGUAAUGGGCUGGAACUGCCUCAGAGAUGAAUCCACCUGCAGUGUUAUCAGACCACUCACUAAAAAUAAUGCAGCUGUUCUUUCGGUCUCUUUCUUGCUUAUGUUUGCCCUCAUGCUGCAGCUCUACAUUCAGAUCUGUAAAAUCGUGAUGCGCCAUGCCCAUCAGAUUGCCUUGCAACACCAUUUCCUGGCCACUUCCCACUAUGUGACCACCCGAAAAGGAGUGUCUACUUUGGCCAUUAUUUUGGGGACUUUUGCCGCUUGCUGGAUGCCUUUUACGCUCUAUUCUUUAAUAGCUGAUUACACCUACCCUUCUAUAUACACCUAUGCCACCCUACUGCCAGCUACCUACAAUUCCAUCAUCAAUCCUGUAAUAUAUGCUUUUAGAAACCAGGAGAUACAGAAAGCACUUUGGCUCAUCUGUUGUGGCUGUAUUCCUUCUAACCUGUCUCAGAGAGCAAGAUCACCCAGUGAUGUCUGA